AUGGGGCGGGCAGCGGCGCGGGGGUCCCGGCCGUGGGGGCUGCUGGUGCUGCUGUGCGGGGCGGUAGCGGGGGCCCCGGCUCCCGCCCCGGGGGCCCCGCUGCUGUGUAACGUAAGCCUGGACACCCCCGCCGAGGAGCGGUGGCUGCCGGUGCUGAGGCACUUCGAUCCCGCCUUCCUUCGCGCCGCCGUCGCGCGGGUCAUCGACGAAAGGGUACCAAAAUGGGUCCACGAAGUUAUUCGGCCGAUAGCAGCGGAGUUGGAGUUCUUGAUGCCGCAGCCCUUUGCGGGGGAAAUUCUGGGACUGUGCAGAGCACUGGGAGUAAGUCUUGGAGAUGGAGUCCUGCUUAACUUCGCCUAUGAAUCUACUGCGUUCUGUACCAGUAUUGUUGCUCAGGAUGACAAAGGAAACAUUUACCAUGGUCGGAACCUGGAUUAUGAUUUUGUUGAUAUAUUAAGCAAGAUUACGAUUGAUGUGCGGUUUAUAAAAAGUGGGCAGAUAGCAUAUCAAGGUACCACAUUUCUUGGUUACGUAGGCUUAUGGACUGGACAGAGUCCACACAAGUUCACAGUCUCCGGUGAUGAACGAGCGGGUGGUAGAUGGUGGGAAAAUGCAAUAGCUGCUUUUCUGAAUCGGAAUUACCCUGUCAGCUGGCUUGUCCGAGAUACCCUGAGCAGAGCAGAGGACUUUCAGUCAGCUGUUCUCAGACUAGCUGGCAUUCCCAUCAUUGCUGAAGUUUACUAUAUUGUAGGAGGCAUAUCGCCCAAAGAAGGCAUGGUCAUAACGAGGAAUAGGAGAGGGCCAGCAGACCUCUGGCCUCUCGAUCCUUUAGGUGGAGCGUGGUUUCGUGUGGAGACAAACUAUGACCAUUGGACUACCCCUCCUCCUUCUGACGAUCGAAGAACUCCAGCCAUCAAAGCUCUCAAUGCUACUGGACAGCACAACAUCAAUUUUGAUACGCUCUUUAAGGUGUUGUCAGUGAAGCCAGUCUUAAACAAUAACACAGUGUAUACCACAGUCAUGAGUGCUGCAUUUCCAGCCAAGUACCAGACAUGGAUCAGAACUGUGAAGUGAAGAGGUACAAAAUGAGUGAAAAGCUGAAGCUUUCCAAGACUGGCAUAUGCUUUAAAAAACACUCUCACAAAGCAGUACAGUUGUUUUGGCUUAUUAAUUAUGUGAACCAUUCAGGAAAUAAUGACUCGUUAAUUCUUUGAAGUGUUGCAGAUGAUACUAUUAACUAACUAAUGGAAGUUUGAUUUUAUUGUAAUUACAUUGAUGUUCUAGCAGAUGUUGAUGGCUAGAAAUUGCUUUUACUAUUUUCUGAAAGAGUUGUGCAACUUGAAUGUACUUAUGUGCUGACUAAUAAAAAAAAAUUCAUAUAUUUUGCAUGGCCUCUAGGUCUGAAUAGAAUUAAAUAAAAAUACGCAGCUUAUCGCUCGA